AUUCAGAUGGAGUCCCAAUGUUUCCGAGCAUCCAGAGAUUAAAACUGGUUUGUAUAAGUGCAUGGAUAGACUCAUCAAGGACCAAGAAACAUAUGUGAAGGUCGAUGCCCAACUUGAUGAGUAUAAAUACAAGCGAGGAUUGUUUGGCUUCAGAUCAUCCUUAACAUCAUACUUAACACGUCCACCUGUUGAAUGGUGGGACAACUUUGGAGAUGAAGUUCCAGAACUCAAGUCAUUUGCAACAAGAGUUCUAGGUCUUACUUGUUCAGCAUCGGCAUGUGAACGUAAUUGGAGUACGUUCAAUCAAGUGCACACAAAGAGAAGAAAUCGUCUGAGCACAAAAAAGAUGAAUAGUUUGGUGUACAUUAUGUACAACAAAAAGUUGAAGCACAAAUUUUUUAAGAAACAAUCACGAAGAGAGGAAGAUGAUCCUUUGAUUGUUGAAAAUGUGUCUUCUGAUGAUGAAUGGGUAGCCAAUCCAAAUGAUGAAGAGGAUGGUGAUAGUAGAGCAAUCGAAGUUGGUGGGGAAAUUGAGAUUGAGGAUGAGGGCGGAAGUUUAGCACCGAGGAAGAGGAAAAGAAAUCAAGCACCAAUUGAAGUGAAUUUGGAUGAGGAAGAUGAAUUUGAAGGAGGAGAAGAUGACAGUGAAGAUGGAGAUGAUGGACGAGCUAUACAAUUUCAUGAGAGUGAUGAUGAAGAAAGUGAAGAGUUCUUGGAGAUUUAAUGCAUUUUAUUUAUGAUUUUAAGACUUAUAACUAGAACUUUUAUGACUUUGAUAUGGACUUAUGUGUUGUUUGUUAUGAAUUCUAUGAAUUUUAUGAAUUUUAUGAAAUUUCAUGAAUUUUAGGAUAUUUUAUGAAUUUUAUUAUAUUUUUUAAAUUUUAUUUGUUCUUAUAGUUGAGGCGUACGCCUCGUUGCGCCUCGAGGCUUACGCCUCGCGGUACUAAGAGAAAACGCCUCGCCUCGCGAUUUCGCCUUUCAAAACCU